ACUGUGCAGUCCUCCUUUACUUGGCCUACAUUUCACUGGAACAUAUUUUCGUGAACAUAGCUUUGUUUUUCAAUAAUGUUGCGUUUCCUUUCUGAUCUCUCUGAGUGCUGAGUGCUGGAAGCUGCCACUGUUGUCUCGCACAACCCCAACUAACCUCGUCAGAAGCUCAUGGAGAAUAUGGAUGUAGUAGAGGGGAUGGAGGGCGCAACUACUCUCAAAGAGAGAGGAAAUGAGGAAUAUAAAGCUGGUCGCUAUGGCCCAGCCGUAGAGCUUUAUACCCAGGCAAUACAACUUGCUCCUGACCACGCUCCAUUCUACGGAAAUCGUUCUGCCGCUUAUUUGAUGCUGGACAAGUUUCAGCAGGCUCUGGACGAUACGCAACAUGCUCUCAGGUUGGAUAGUAAGUUUGUCAAAUGCCACAUGCGCGCCGCCAAAUGCUUCAUAGCACUGGGUGAUGUACCGUCAGCACAUCAUAGCCUGGAGCAAGUCCUGAGUCUGGAGCCGCGGAACAAAGUAGCGAAAGGAGAUCAUGAAACAGUGACUGAAAUCGCGCGGCUGCAGGGAUUAGCUGAGGAGUGCUUUGGCAAGCAAGACUACCGUACAGCUGAGUACCACUAUAAGAAAGCAUUAGAACAAGCACCAGCAUGUCUCAAAUUCAAGCUUUUGCAGGCUGAGUCAAUGGCUCGACAAGGGCGUUUAGGUGAUGCCCAGACAAUAGCCACCGAAGUCCUUAUGAAGGACAACCUCAAUGCCGACGCCAAUUACGUGCGUGCGUUGUGUAUAUACUAUAGCGAUGACAUCGAUAAAGCUGUACGACUGCUCACUCAGAUUUUGCGCUCUGACCCUGAGCAUUCCAAGUCGAAAGUUGUACUGCGGCUGGCGCGGCAGCUAGCACAGAAGAAGGAGGACGGUAAUGCCGCUUUCAAGGCCGGUCGGAACGCUGAAUCCGAGGAGCGGUACACAGCAGCCCUAGCCGUGGACCCGUGCAAUGUGGUGACGAACGCCAAGCUCUACUGUAAUCGCGCGGCCGUGCGCAUGCGGAGAAAGGAGUACGAACGCGCCGUUGCCGACUGCAGCAGCGCCAUUGACCUAGACAGCAACUACAUCAAGGCCUACCAGCGGCGGGCCCGUUGCUAUACGGAAAACAACCAACACGAAGAAGCCGUGCGCGACUAUGAGAAGGUGUUCAACUUGGAGAAGACGCGCGAGAACAAGGAGAACCUGAGCGAGGCCAAGCGCCAACUCAAGAUGAGCCAGCGCAAAGACUACUACAAGAUCCUGGGAGUUUCCCGAUCGGCUGGUGACGACGAGAUCAAGAAAGCGUACAAAAAGGCUGCUCUGCGGCACCACCCCGAUCGACACAGCAACGAUACGGCAGAAGAGAAGGCUGAAGCCGAGCGUCAGUUCAAGGAGAUCGGUGAAGCCUACAGCGUUCUUUCUGACUCGCGCAAGCGGUCACGCUAUGACUCCGGCCAGGAUUUGGAAGACAUGGGCGGCGGAGGGAUGUCGGACAUCGACCCGUCCAUGAUUUUUCAGACGUUCUUUGGUGGUGGAGGAGGUAUGGGUGGCGGUGGUUUCAGCCACAUGGGCGGUGGAGGUGGCGGUGGACGACGCGGUCACCAUCAUUCUCAGUUUGGUGGUGGCGACGACUUCUCCAGCUUUUUCUCGUUCGGCUAAUUUAUUGGCUACUGUUAGGGUAGGAGCUGCGCUUGACUCGUUUCUGGCGUCUGCAAAGUGUCGUGUAUCGUCCCAGUGGUAGCCGUGGGAACUGUUCUGUGUCCAUUGGGUUAGGUUAACUGCCAUGCAGUGUGUCUUUCUUUGCAGCAGAGCGCCACCUUUGUGUCGUGUUAGGCUGCUGCUGACUCUUGACUGUGCGACGCCAGCCUAGCCAUGUUCUCUGUGUACAUUCCCCCCUUUUUGCUGUGUUGUUUGUGCCAAGGGGCGUGCAUUGCUGGGAGCUGAUCUGUGCGUUGCCAAUCCUAUUUUAUUCUAACAAACAUCCACCACCAUCAUCUGAUCAUCCUGUUGCUGUUUUUCGUGUACGUUUUUUCUUCCUUUUUUUGUGUUGCCAGCCAGGCUGCGCUCAGGUUGAUGGCAUGCCCAUGGCAUGUGGCGGUCCCGUACGCUUGCUGCCUAUCCACGCCACACACACACACACAUUGUUCAGGACAUCGCUUUUCUCCUGAGUCCCGCAUGCGUCAUAUUUACCCUGCCGCCACGGUAAAUACUUUAAGUUAAUUAACUUUAACCGACACGAAACAUACUUAUACUAACGUGCUCUUGAGGAUCCGCCUAACGCUUCUUUUCUUGCCUAUUUCUGUAAAGUCCGUCCUCAUCUCAGCUGUCUAGAUAUUUUCUGUUCCGAAGCCAACAUGUCUUUACAUGCGGGAAGUGAGUGUGUCCUCGAACGGA